CUUAUCCGGAAAUGAAGUUAACCGAAAGUUGGGCUACAAUGAAAAUUGGUUAAAUAUUGAUGGCUGUCGCAUAAGAAAAUGAAUAAUGUUGCGAUGACCAACAUUAACUCAAGGAGCUACAACGUUCAGCUCCGUGAAUUCAUUACUUCCGAGAUAAAUCGCCUGAUUCUGAGAUUACAUGAUGAAGCAGACGUCGACAGUUUCGUUGUCCUUGGUCAUGCUGGGGAGAACAUGCCAUGUAUUAUUGGGUCCCAGCGUGGAAUGGACUACAUGGAAGACUUCUGAGGCGUGGCUCGGGGAUUUCUGCAAUAUCUAGAAAAGGAACAAGAGAGGAAAACUCCAGGGUGUGGAAAACUUACCCCUGAUUCAAUGGACAGUCAUCACGGCUUCAUCGUGCAAAACCCUAGCCCAUUUCAACCUAAACCAGGUCUUCUUGACUCUGGAUAUAAACAUAAAUUUCCCAUGUUGCAUCCAUACAGCCAACCUGACAACAGAAUGAGUCCUCAAGAUUCCAGAGAUAGCCAGUCAGAUUCACUGAUGUGUCAACUAGAUUCUAGGAAUAGCCAAUCUGAAAGGAGGAUUGAUCCACAUGAUUCUAGGGAUAGCCAAUCAGUUCCUAGAAUGCGCCAGAUUGAUGGUAGAAACGAUUUGCCUGACUCAAAGACUAAUCCAUAUCGUUCUGAAGAAAGUCAGGUUGACUUUCAGGCCAAAAGUCCAAAUGAUAACUUUCAGCGUAACAGUGUUGAUAAAAGCCAACAUGAGGAAAGGGAUGUAGAAGUUCGUACCAAUUUGUUUGAAAGUUUUAAAUCAGAUAGUUUUGAUCCUGGUUCCAGAGAAAGAGGUGAUGAUAUUAGAAGACAGUCUGAUGACAAUGACAAGAAAUCACAGAAUUCAAUUAGUGUAAAAGAACAACAAUCAGACUCUAGAAGAAAACAGAAAUGGAACUAUGAGAAAAUGCCAGAUUUUGGUAAGGAAGAAAAGUCUGAAGCCGGAAAGUCUAGUGUGAAUAAAUCCAAUGUAGUAAAAGGUGUGGGUAAUCUAACUCUGGUGAAAGAAAAGGGGAAGAAAAGUGUAAGUUCAGACAAUGGUUUGGUUACUGACAAUAUAAAAGUAGAAAAACAUAAAGUUGAUGUAAUGGCAGUGAAUGAUGUUGAUACUAAUGAUAUGGAUGAAACUGAAAUAGUUGAUCUUGGCCAUAAAGCUGAAACUGUGGCCUUGGAAACCAAUCAAAGAAGAGUUGGGUUAGAACAUUUAGAGGAAGGAAAUAGAGAGCUUAAAAAACACUGUGGUGGAAAUAUAAAAUUUACCCCAGACAAUUUUAAUAUGUCUAAAGUCACACUUAUCAGUGAGCAAAAGUUUCUAUACCAAGGAAGAGCUUAUAGACUGCCCUACCCUACACAAGCAGAACUGACUUGUCAGGUAUGUGACAAGGUUGUGAGGAAUAUAAAAGAACUUAUGGAACAUGCUUUUUCUCAUACAAAGCUGUUUCAAUGUUGGCGAUGUGAAGACACCUACAAGAGUUAUACAGAGAGGGAUGUAUUUCGCUCACAUCUCAAAUCAUGUUCUGCAAUACCCCAGGGAUUUAAAGAAAAAAUUAUAAGAUCACUAUCUCAUAGACCCAUUGCCUCAAGCAAGGUGAUGCCACAGCAUGUGAUAGAAGAUGGAGUAGGUGCUGCUUUGAAAAAGAACACAAGGCAAUCUGGAAAUAGUGCCAACAAUGAGAUAAAAGCAAAUACAGAAUCAUAUGGGCAAGGAACAGUUGGUAGGAGUGGAAACGAUGAACUAGAGCCAACAAAACUGUCUCAUAUUCCAGUGUGGUUGCCGAAAGAAAAUUUAUUUUCAUGUAGAAAAUGUUGCAAGAAGUUUAAGUUACGCAUACAUCUGAAGAAACACUUCUGUGAUGAAAAUAGAAAUGUUGGGAUAAAUAGUAGCAAAACAAUUGAUGCACCAUGUAGUAGCAGAAGAAUGAAUGUGCAAAAUAGUAGCGAUAAAAUAGAUGUGUCACAUAGUGGCAAUGUAGAAGAUGCAAAAGUGAUUUUGGGUGAAUCUUUGAAAAGAAAGUCAGACCCAUGUAAAGAAGUUAUGGAAGCUGGUAUUGCAGAAAAGAGAACAAAGUUGGAUAAGGAUGAAGAUGAGGUGUCCGGAACCAACAAGAAAUAUCCAUACAAAGAGCUUAAAGAAAUGGCUAUCGGUAAAACAACAUGCCCUAUUUGUUUCAGAAUUUGUAAAAAUAGAUGCACUCUUUUACUUCAUAUUGUUUCACACACUGACGAAGAACCAUUUCAAUGUAGCCUUUGUGAGUUUAGGUCCAAAGUUGUAUUAACAGUUCACAAGCAUCAAGCAGGAAAGCAUGAUGGUCAGGGAUAUGUGAAAGAACUAGGAAACCAAGCAAGAGAAAGACUUUCAGAUGGGAAAAAGAAAGUUUCUGGACAAUACUCUUAUAAGGAGUUACUUGCAUUAGUUGAACAUACUGAAAAUGUAUGCCCUGUUUGCACUUAUACGAGUCCUCAAAAAUCUAACAUGCAAAGACACAUAGUUGUCCAUACAAAUGAGAGGCCAUUCAAAUGUCGGAAGUGCAGUAAAGGUUACCCGUUUCGUGAAAACUUGCGUCGCCAUUUCCGAAUCUGCUCUAUUGGAACAAAAGUUGCUAUGAAGUCAGGUUUCGGAAGAUACAAGCCUUCGGGUACAGACAACAAAACGGGAAUUAAAAGUAAGAAGAGCAACAUUAGCAAAGAAGACAAAGAGCGAAAUAAUAGAAGUAGAAGAUAUCAUAGCAAGAAUAGACCAAGUGAGCUUGACGCCUAUUUUGAUGUUAAGGAUGGAGUAUAUUAUUGUACAAAAUGUAAAAAGGCCUUCAGGCAUAGACGUUACGUUGUUGAUCAUUACAAUAAAGUGCAUUUAAAAGAAGCAAAACUCAUGUGCAAGACGUGUAAACGUAGGUUCUUCAGUACAGAAGAUUUUGAUAAACAUUAUCAGGAAAUGUUGAAAGAGCAUCAAACAAUGCAUGUGGUGAUGAAGUUGGUGCCUAAAGUCAAAGACUUGAAGACUAAAUCAAGCCCUGAUGUACAAAAAACAAAGAUAACAAGUGAAAUCACUGAUAACAAGAGCCAAAGGAUAGAAAAGGCUGGUCAGGCAGCAUCAAGGUUACAUAUAGCUGAAUUAAAGACCAAUGAAAGUAAGAGUGAUGACCAAGAUAUGUCAGCUGAUGGCUAUUUGAAAACAAGAGAGGAGGUAAAAGUUGAAGUUGAGCAGGCCAUAACCAUAAGCAAAGAGGAAAGGAUAGCAUUUAUUAGGUGUAAUAUUUGUGCCAAAAAGUUCUCAGGGAAGCGCAUGCUUGAGAUACAUUUGGUGGAGGAACAUUCUAACAUGAACACCCAUUCGUGUCCAAUAUGUGGAAAGAAAUUCAGCUUCAUUGAUUGUCUAGAAAAUCACUCACGGUACAACCAUUUUACCUGAAGACCAUUAAUUCACCGAAGAGGAAUUAAUGGCUUGAAAAUGAUAGCCAUUGUAACCUAAUACUUCUGUUGUCAUCAGAAAAUAAACUAGUGUGUUUUGAUAGUUGUUGACAGGUAGUGAUCACAUAUAUUCAAUAUCAUUUUGUAUGUAUUGUCUUUUCACUGAAUAACAUUAUGGGGCAUCUGACCAUUAUUUGCAUAGUAGAAGGAUCCAACAUACAGAUAUUUCAAUUUUGACAGUCUGGUGACCCCAUAUCAUUUUGAUAUAAUUUCGAGGUGUUUUGUGAGCAGAAAAAGAUGUAUUAAAUAUAUGACAAACAACCUUUUUUGCCUUGAAAAAAUGGAAAGUUUAAAUUACAGUCAUUUUGCAUCAGAUUUCAGUUGAAAUAUAGAGCAAAUAUACAAACUACAAUUACUUAAAUCGGACUAAUUCUAAACAGUUGUAAAUGGCAAAUAUACAUGAAUUUCAGUGAUGCUUAUUACAAUGUGCUGUGGUUGGUUGUCCAGUCAUGAAUUAUAACUCUGUUAAUUUCUUGGGGGAAGGUAGUAUGCGGUUGUUUCCCUUUCUUAAGGAAAAAUACAGAAAUUUAAUUAAUACAAGCCUGCAAGCCAUGCGCUGGUAAAAUGUCUUCCGGGCUUGCUAAACAAUUUAAUUUUAUAUAUAAACAGGUCUUGUUAAAAAAAUUGAUGCCAAGCAAUAGUAUAAGAAUUUCAUCUUGUUCAUCCAAGUCUAAUUUCCAUGACUAAUGAGCUGUAUGUUGAUGUGCAUCUCUGCUGAUGUAAGGCAAUCAACACAAAAAAUAGUUGAAUGAUCUCUUUUGGAAGCCCAGUUAUUGAAAUAAAGAUUUUUCAUGGAACAAGCCCAAAGACUAUAUGUCCAUAUCAAAUACUAUAUUUUCAUAUAAUAAAAAUGAAAUAGUAACGUUCAAGCCCGGAUAUAUGAACAUACAAUAAAACCAGAAUUUUUGUACAAGCCCGGGCUCCUUGCUUAUGCUAAUUUUGAUCACUGUAAGACAUACUUCAUGUUGCUUUCCUUAUCUUGUACAUACAUGUAGUCUAUUUUAAUUUGAUCUGUCAAAGUUCAAAGUGAUAUCCUGUGUACCAAACUUUACAGGUAAUAAUUCACUCGGAUUCACAGCUAGGGGGGGAAAUAUGAUAUGUUUAAUGGACAGGGAAAAAACUGGCAACAAUCUAUUUCAAGUCCAUUUAUUUGUUUUACACUACACAGGCAACACUUUGAAUCCCAUCCAGGGGUGAAUUACUGCAUAAUAUCAAUUGUAACAUUAGGUAGGUUUUGUUAGUUAUGUCUCUAAAGGUUGUUGUUGUUGUUGUUGUUGUUGUUGUUGUAUAUAUCAUACUUGAUCAAGGAAUAGUGAAUGUUGCUUGUAAGCUGAUGUAGAAAAAAAAUACUGAUGGCGAAAGUUAAUGGGCCUUAAGAAAGUUUUAUUCUGUACAUAGUACAAUCACUGGCGUAAUCCCAAAUAAGCCCUAGCUAAGCACUUGUAAAUGGUUGAAAUUGUAAAUGGUGUAUUUUGCAUAUUAUCUUUGGAAGUUAUUUUCUUUACCUAGCUAAAAGAAAAAAGUAUAACCUAAUACUAGUAAAACAAUGGGGCUGCCCUUUGUUUAUUUUACAUUUGAAAUUGGUUUCUUCUCAACUCCCCUUACGUUUUUCAUGCAAUUUCUACCAAACUUUUACAGAUUGAUGACUAUAUAGUGACGCAGCACAUAUUGCUGGGCUUUUGCGAUUCGACCAUGUUUGAAAGAGUUAUAGCCCUUUUUUUCUUAUUUUACAUUUAAAAUUGGUUUCUUCGCAACUCCGCUUACGUUUUUCAUGCGAUUUUUACCAAACUUUCACAGAUUGAUGACUAUAAUACAGUGACGCAGCGCAUAUUGUCGGGAUUUCGCGAUUUGACCAUUUUUUGAAAGAGUUAUUGCCCUUUUUUUACAUUUAAAAUUGGUUUCUUUGCAACUCCUCUUACGUUUUUCAUGCAAUUUCUACAAAACUUUCACAGAUUGAUGACUACAUAGUGACGCAGCGCAUAUUGUCGGGAUUUCGCAAUUCGACCAUUUUUGAAAGAGUUAUUGCCCUUUCUUUAUUUUACGUUUAAAAUUGGUUUCUUUGCAACUCCUCUUACGUUUAUGACUAUAUAGUGACGCAGCGCAUAUUGUCAGGCUUUUGCAACUUGACCUUUUUUGAAAGAGUUAUUGCCCUUUCUUAAUUUUAUGCAUUUCUUAUGUUCCUGAGAAACUACCCUUACCAUUGAUUGGCUUUCGUUACAAAAAAUGCCCCCAUGAGGUGGGGGAUAUAGCUGUCUGUGACGGCUUUGUGUUGUUAAUUGUAAUCACUAGUGAUUUUAUUAUUAUGUAAUGUUUGUUUUAUAUAUUUUGACUUGUUCUGGACGAAUUUGGAAAAGUUUCUUAAUCAUUUUUAAUUUUUAAUAGAUACUUACAUUUGAAGGUAAAUGGCGCACUGUAAUUUUUAGCAUGUGUAUAUCAUUGUAUUUUUGUGGAUGUUUAAAUUAAUAUA